AUGUUGAAAUUACAAUGCUUAAUUUUCUAUUAUUUUCUUUGCCAAAUUGGGGCCCAGAAUAUCGAGCUAACUACUGUAAUUUUGCCAGUAACGACGACGAAUAAUUCAUCUCCAGCGCCAACAGCAAGCAGUUCAGCCUCAAACUCCACGCAAAAUGGGUUGACCUCCUUGCUGCCGCUCAACCUCACGACGACGCAGAUUCCGACGAUUUCAGCGAUAACUGCAAACACGACCCUAAACUCGCUGGGAACUACUUUGAACGCUUCUGCGACCAGUUCACUUCCGACGGAUCUACCUAGGACAUCGACUACUGUAUUACCAACGCAAAUACCAGGGAAUAUUACCACUCCUCCUCCACUUCCGACACCCGCCCCGCAAAGCGCCAGCUUCAACUGGGCGCUUUUUAUCGGCGGCUUCGUCCUCUGCGUCUCGACCCUGUGCCUGUGCCUCUUUGGCUAUCGAAUGUUCAUCCAUCGCGUCGAGGAGAACGUCGCCUACAGCUACACGCGU